AGUUUAUACUGAAAUUUUCUAACUGCAAUAUAUAGAUGCAAAGCAUAAUAACAUUUGUGUUUGUUUUAUCAAGUGAGAGCCAGCAGAUGAGAUCAUGAGACAAUAUGUGUUUAUCAAUCUUGCAUAAUUUAAGUGAAAGUAGAUGACUUUCUCUUUUAUAUAGCUUAAGAAAGUUACUUUUUGUGCAACUGAUUGCAUUCGUGCACACUUUUCUAUCAAAGUUCAUGUUUGGAGUUUUCAGGGCAUCAAUUCAGCCUUUUUCAGGAUGGAAAAGACACUUUAUAAAGCUAUACUGGGUCUUGUGAUGUACAACGAAAAUAUUAUGGUUCCAAGGGGGAUGAAGUUACCUUUCUGUAUCUUUCCUUCCUCCAGUCUGGGUUUUUUUAUUUUCCUUUUUAAUCUUUUUUGAAUUGGUAUUUUUAUCUGCCUUAUGAACAGUCAGUCAUUUUUGACCUGCUCUGAACCUUGAAUUCACUUCUUUUUUCUUGUUACUUUUAGCAAUUGAAAUUGAGGGUCUAGUUAUGGUAAUCUUUUUUUUAAUGUUGUAUUAAGUUAAUAACUACUCGUACUUAGUAAAGUUCAAUUUCUUGCUUGGUUGGUGGCUCUUGGUAAAAUUCAUAUUUCUGAUAUGCUUCAGUGAAGGAGGCCAUACACCUCUUUAAUCCUCAUGGAUGUGCGUUGUGUAAGGCAGCCAGUGAAUCUUUUGAGCACCUAAGUUUGUUUUGGUCCUAUUGUGUAUCACCAUCCGGGUAGAUAUAGCAACCAUUCAGCUUGCAGUGCAUUUUCUCAAGGAAUUGUAACUUACUCUUUGGUGAAGUUUUUUUGGGUCUGGGGAAAUAAGAAGAGACUCAGAGAACUAUUAGCCUUUGCCCUUUAGUGUUGUGUAGUUUUGCGCUCUACUUGGGUGGUGUGGGGGGAAGGAAUUGAAGAAGUUUUUCUGACAAGGAAGCGCAGUUGGCCUCUAUUUGAGAUAGAAUUAGAUUUCCUGCUGCUUUCUGGAUGUGUACUAGUGUUAUUCAUCUCAAGUGGUCUGGCAUUUGUAGGAAAAGUGACAAUGAAAUAAUGGUGACAUGAUGAAAGUACAGGAAUGGGUCAAAGGACCAAAAUUUAGUCUGUAGGGAGAAAGUAUCAAGGUUUUGUACUAGGUGGUUGUGUAUUAUGUAUUUUUGCUUAUCUUGUACAUUUUUUUUCCUUUGGUUUCUGUGAGAAUAGAGUUUAAUUUUUCUGGUAAUGUGGCAUUGUGCUACUUAACAAAUGCCCUUAUUGCCUCCCUGAAUACAACUUCACACCUAGUGCAUUUAUGUUGAGGUUUACUCUUAGGUAUAGCUUUAUACCUGCAUUAUGUGUAAUAGGUAUCAAGUUUGGUAUAAGCAGUGGACUCGUCUUGAUCAUAAUGUAUUUCUGAUCUGAGAGGGUAAUCAUUUCAGUGUUCUUAUGGGCAACUUCUUCAACAUUGAUGUCUCCUUUCUUCUUUUAGGUUUUACUAUUUUGUUACUUUUUACAUUAUACUGUGCUCCCGAGUAACACUGGAACCCUAGUUGCAAGGCCAACAUCCCCUACCUCAUCUUUUCGAUCUGAUCUGCUCGAUCUUCCUCAUCUCUUCUCUUUAAUCUUUACCUAUCCCAUUGCCCUCAUUUCUACCUCUGCUUCAUGGCUGCUGUUGAUGAUAUUUCUAACCCCUUUGCCACCGCCCUCGCUAGCAAUGAUUAGGGUGCGGUGGAUUUGGUGGGCAACGGUGAAGAUGAUGUUGCUGAGGAUUGGGAAGGGUUUGGAGUCAUUACACCGCUUACAGCCUUCUGGCUGGUGUGGCUUCCUGUCUGCAGCCUUCUGCCUUCACCACUUUUAGGCAGGCGGCUAGGAUUGGGAAGGUUUGGGAUCAUUACACCGUUUUGUAACAUGCCCCGUUUAGACUACUCUUGAAGAAACCCAGUUAUCAAAUGCGUGUAAGAGAUGAAUUUGCAAACAAGUCAACGGCACCAAAAGGAAAUCCAAAGUACUUUGGCUGAGCAUUCAUGCUUCAUAACUUUGUAUUAAUAUUUAAAUGUUGACGUACAGUUCAGGGUGAGAGUAUUAUAAGUUCCAAGUAUGCUUCAUUAAGCAGCAAGCAAUCAAAUGAUGGGCGCAUUCCUUUCUGUUUGUACUAAUUCGGGUAGUGGGAGACUCCCUUGACUACUGUUUGGCAUAUAUGAUAACACAGAAAAGAGAAGAGUGGCAACCAAAUUAGAGAGUUUAUUUCCGGCGCAGUUGCUUUCUUAGUAAGAUUCCCAUGUACAUUCAUCCAUAUCCCUUAUACGCUUAUAAACCCAGUUACUUCAUGCAUGUACCAGAAACUAUUAAACCUGUAUAAAUACCCUGGCCUAUACAAUCCUAUUCAACUCAUCAAUUCCCUCCCUCGAUUCUUUCAGUGAUUAUAAUCUCUCUGUCAAUUCUUCUCUCACGUACUCCCAAAGUCUCAUACAGAACAGUGAGAACACGAAGAAAAAAUGGUGCAGCUAAGAAGUUGUUUUUGCACACUUGCAUUCAUUCUUCUACAUAUUUUAUACCAGCCAUCUACCGCUGCUGCUGCUGAUGAGACCGCAGCUAUUGACAAUGUCUUAAGCUUUGGAGCUAAACGCAAUGGCGUAACUGAUUCAACCCAAGCUUUUCUUGAUGCGUGGGCUGCUGCCUGUGCCUCCCCAGAUUUAGCCGAGAUAAAUGUACCAAAAGGGAGGUAUUUGCUCAACUCUAUGACCUUUAAAGGUGACUGCAAGAGCCCACAGAUUACUUUCCGGAUUGAUGGAACGCUCGUAGCUUCACCUGAUUUCCGAGUCCUAGGCCAAGCCAACAAUUGGCUCGGUUUUGAAGGAGUCAGCGGGGUAACCAUUAUUGGAGGAACACUUGACGCCAAGGGUUCUGCAUUGUGGGCUUGCAAAUUGAGCACCAAAGCCUCCAAUUGUCCUGAUGGCGCCACGAGUUUGAGUUUUACGAACUCCAAAAACAUUAGAGUCGAGGGGCUAAUGUCAUUGAACAGCCAGAUGUACCACAUUGUCAUAAACGGCUGCCAAGAUGUUCUCAUUCAAGGCGUCAAAGUCAUUGCUGCUGGCAAUAGCCCAAACACCGAUGGCAUCCAUGUCCAGUUCUCGAAAAAUGUUGCAAUCUUCGACACCUCCAUCAAAACUGGGGACGAUUGUGUCUCCAUUGGUCCCGGCACGAAGGACUUAUGGAUGGAACACAUAUCAUGCGGUCCUGGCCACGGCAUUAGCAUUGGGAGCCUAGCCAAGGACUUGGAAGAGGAAGGGGUACAAAAUGUAACGGUCAAAAAUGCGAUUUUUAAGGGCACCCAAAAUGGUGUGAGGAUAAAGUCUUGGGCGAGACGUAGCAACGGGUUUGUCCAAGGUGUCCAAUUUCUUGACGUUGAAAUGGUUGAUGUCCAAAACCCUAUUGUAAUUGACCAAAAUUACUGCCCACACAACCUUAACUGCCCUGCUCAGGUAUCAGGCGUGAAAAUUAGUGAUGUAUUGUAUCAAAACAUUCGAGGAACAUCAGCAACAGCAGUCGCAGUAAAAUUUGCUUGUAGUGCAGCAAAUCCUUGCAGUGGGAUAAGACUCAAAAACGUGAAUCUGGCUUGCCGGAAUCAAGCUGUGCAAUCAUAUUGUACAAAUGCAAUCGGAAAGGCUUACGGCACUGUUCAACCAAACAGUUGUUUGUAGGAUUCAGAAACAGAUUAGGCAUGAGUUGGCUAGUACAUAUCGAUGCACUGCAGAUUGCAAGUGAUCGAUUAUAGAAAAUAUGUACAUUAAAUCAUUCUUUUUAUACAUACAAUUAAUAAAAAAAUUUACCAAGUAUUCGCGAUUCAGUA